AUCUCCCACGCAUGACAACUUCCCUUACGCUCUCUCUCUCUCACUCUCUUUAUUUGCCGCAACCACAUUUCCUCCUCUGUUUUCAAACCCGUUCUUCAUAACCAUCUCACUCUUACAGCGAGGCUCUGCAAACCGGCUCUAGAAGGAAAUGGCUUCCAAACACAAAAUGGGUUACAAGUGUCGGAUAGCAGGAGUGAUGCUCCUCCUCUUUGCCAGUAUCGCUGCCCUUAUUGCUGUUGCUGUCGUCCAGGACACUUGGAAGCUUUCAGAAUACACCAAAGAGUAUGGCAUUGUGAUAGACUCUGGUUCAUCUCGCUCCAACGUGUACCUGUAUGAAUGGCCAGGAGAGAAGAAGAAUGAAACAGGAAUAGUGACUGAGACAUUAAACUGUAAAGUUGAGGGUGUUGCUAUCUCUGAGAUGAAGGUUGACCGCGAGAAAGAUAAAAAAACAUGGGUUGGAUUCAAGAAAUGCAUGGACAGUGUCACCAGAAGCAUUCCUCCAGAAAAACGCAGCACUACGCGUCUCUUUCUCGGAGCCACAGCUGGAAUGAGACUACUACAUGAAAAAAAUGCGCAGCGGGCCAGUGAUAUCCUGGGAGAUCUCAGAGAAUACCUGAGUUCCCUGCCCUUCAUGUUUCAAAAUGCUUCAAUCAUCACUGGGCAGGAAGAAGGGCUUUAUGGCUGGGUCACUGUCAACUACCUAAUGGGCAACUUGGUAGAGAAAAACAUAUGGAACGCUUACGUACGCCCAGAAGGCGCAACGACUGUAGGUUCCAUGGAUCUUGGUGGAGCAUCAACACAGAUUGCCUUUGCAGUCCAGGAUGAUCUCAAGGGACCUGACUACAUGCAUGUCAAACUGUAUGGUUAUCCUUACAAUGUCUACACUCACAGUUUCCUCUGCUAUGGCAAAAAUGAGGCUGAGAAGAGGGUUUUGGACAAAGUAGUCCAGCAAUCAUCUAACCCCCAGAACAUAAUAAAUCCCUGCUACCCUGAAGGCUUCAACAUUACCCUGAAGGCAUCAUCCAUUUAUGACACAGAAUGUACAAAGAAACCCAAAAACUACAACUCCAGUCAAGAGUUUACCUUGUUUGGAGUUGCUGACUCAGACAGCUGUGGGAAAGUAGUGAAAUCCAUAUUUGAUUUCAAGACUUGCUCCUCAUCGCAGUGCUCCUUCAAUGGGGUCGAGCAGCCACCAGUUGCUGGAGAUUUCAUGGCAUACGCUGGAUUCUUCUACACUGCAAAGGCUCUGCUGAUGAAUGGCACAACGGACUUUGAUCAAUUCAACGCCUCAGUUAGGACCUUCUGCCACACAAAGUGGACAACACUCCAGAAACAGAAGUAUUGGCUCAGUGAUAAAUACCUCAGGACCUUCUGCUAUGCAGCGCAUUAUGUUUUCACUUUGCUGGCAGAUGGAUACAAGUUUGACAGAGAAACCUGGAAAAGCAUUAACUUUGAAAAAGAGGUAAAGAAAACCAGUAUAGGCUGGAGUUUGGGCUACAUGCUGAGUAUGUCCAACAUGAUCCCGUCUGAAGUGAAAACAAUCCUCCCCAUGAGCAACGCUGUCUUUGCCGGCCUCAUCUUUCUGUUUUCAGCGCUAAUAAUUACAACUGUUGUCUUAGUUUUCAUCAUCAUCAUUCGCACCUGCUACUGAGUAUAGAGGGAAUCACCUCCCACUGAAAGCCUCGGGAACAGCUGUAAUUCUGUAAGAGGCUGGAGAAUCCCACAGCUGCAUGUGCCAGGACGCCUGUAUGGGACGUUAAUCCAAUGUGCUAUUUUUCAGGUUGAGACAUUAACUUCCUUUUAGUUUAAAGAAAAAAAAAAAAAAAAACCUGAAGAGCUUCAAAAUCACCGUUGAGUGUUUUAGUUUCAGACAAAAGAUGCAAAAGCAGCCCUGAAAAGUUUUUAAACCCCUAUUCGUUCUCUACCUCAGGGAAUCUUACAAAAAUGACGAAGUACUGUUUGUUUUUUAUUUAGUUGACCGUGUUUAGUAAAAUAGUGAUAGUGUUUGCCUAAAUGGUUAAAAUGGCACAAAAAUAUAAGAGCAUCCAUGUGCUCAUUCUUGCAUUCAUGUGCGUGCUCACUUUAGACUGGAGCACGAGUUACUAUGUUUCUCUUCCUGUAUUAUACAUGUGACUGCACUAGAUACUUCUGCUUUACUUAGCAAAUGGUUGUAUUUUGCUGUAGCUUCAAUAUUAUGUUUUAUAUUGUGUAUGAUUGUGGCAAAAACCUUAUAAACAGAGUGUAAGGUUUAAAGAGUGUAAACAAUAGUUUGAAUUAAAACUUCCUCCCAAACUUCCUCCCAAAAAAAUAAUGCCAUUGUCUUAUGAUUUUCAAAUCAAGUAUAUGAAAUCAUAAAGUUCAAUAUACACUAUAUUGCCAAAAGUAUUCGCUCAUCUGCUUUUCCACAUAUAUGAACUUGAGGGACAUACUGUAACAGCAUAUAACACAUAACAGCUUCAACUCUUCUGGGAAGGCUUUCCACAAGAUUUAGGAGUGUGUUUAUGGGAACCUUUGACAUUCCUCCAGAAACAGAUUUGUGAGGUCAGACACUGAUGAUGGAUGAGAAGGCCUGGCUCACAGUCUCCACUCUAAUUCAUCCCAAAGGUGUUCUAUCAGGUUGUGGUCAGGACUCUGUGUAGGCCCCUCAAAUUCUUCCACACCAAACUCUCUCAUCCACAGCUUUAUGGUCCUUGAUUUUUGCACUGGUGUGCAGUCAUGUUGGAACAGGAAGGGGCCAUCCUCAAACUGUUCCCACGAAGUUUGGAGCAUGAAAUGGUCCACAAUGUCUUAGUAUCCUGAAGCAUUAAGAGUUCCUUUCACUGGAACUAAGGGGCCAAGCCCAACUCCUGAAAAGCAACCCCACAUCAUAAUCCAUCCAACAAAUAUUCAGAUGGAGAAGCAUGAUUCAUCACUACAGAGAACACGUCUCCACUGCUCUAGAGUCCAGUGGUGGCAGGCUUUAUACCACUGCACUAAUGUAAGGCUUGGAUGCAGCUGCUCAGCCAUGGAAACCCAUUCCAUGAAGUUCUCUACACACUGUUCUUGAGCUAAUCUGAAGGCCACAUGAAGUUUGGAG